AUGAAAUGUCAUUUAGAUGCAUAUGGUUACGUGGCGGAUGGUUACUGGAUGAGUGUCCACAAAUUACUAUCAUAUCACUCUCUCUCUUCUUCAUACUCUCUCUACAUUCAUCGCCUUCAUGCUCGUCCCUUCGUUCUCGUUCUCUCCAACGACGAUCUCAAACGCGGUUUCGACGAUACCGGCGCAUACGAAUCCUCUGAUUUCGAUGAGUUUAGGGAAUCCGAAUCUAAAUCCGAAGAGGAGCUUGAUCCCGGUUCAUGGCGACCAAUCUUCGAACCGAACGAUUCCGCCGCACACACCGCCUCGCCGCAGUAUUACUCCGGACUCCGUAAGAUUCUCUCGGCGGCGAGUGAGGGUAACACUAGGUUGAUGGAGGAAGCGGUCUCAGAGAUCGAUUCGUCUGCUUCGUCCGGAGAUCCGCACGCACAGUCGGUGAUGGGGUUCGUGUACGGGAUCGGGAUGAUGCGAGAGACGAGCCGAAGCAAAUCGAUUUUGUACCAUCAUUUCGCAGCCGAGGGAGGAAACAUGGAGUCGAAAAUGGCACUCGCUUUCAGAUAUCUACGACAAAAUAUGCAUGAUAAAGCUGUGCAAUUAUAUGCUGAAUUAGCUGAGACAGCAGUGAAUAGCUUUUUGAUCUCUAAGGACUCUCCCAUGGUUGAGCCAGUUAGGAUCCAUAUAGGAACAGAGGAGAAUAAAGAUGGACUAAGGAAGUCUCGUGGGGAGGAUGAUGAAGAUUAUCAGAUAUUGGAAUAUCAGGCUCAGAAAGGGAAUGCUGCUGCAAUGUACAAUAUGGGAUUGUUUUACUACUUUGGUCUGAGAGGAUUAAAGCGUGAUCACGCUAAAGCGUUGUACUGGUUUUCGAAGGCGGUAGAGAAAGGAGAGGCGAGGUCAAUGGAACUUCUGGGUGAGAUAUAUGCUCGAGGAGCUGGUGUUGAGAGAAAUUAUGAAAAGGCACUUGAAUGUCUUACACUUGCAGCAAAACAAGGUCUCUAUUCGGCAUUUAAUGGCCUUGGUUACUUGUAUGUUAAAGGCUAUGGAGUAGAUAACAGAAACUACACCAAGGCAAGAAAAUAUUUUGAGAAGGCCGCUGAUAAUGAGGACCCUAGUGGGCAUUAUAACCUUGGAGUUCUGUAUCUUAAAGGCAUUGGGGUCAAGAGGGAUGUGAGGCUGGCAACCAAAUAUUUCUUUGUUGCUGCCAAUGCUGGUCAACCAAAGGCUUUUUAUCAACUCGCCAAGAUGUUCCAUAGUGGCGUUGGGCUUACGAGGAACUUAGAAAUGGCCACAACGUUUUACAAAACGUCAGAGCUUGGUUAUGAAGUCGCACAAAGUAAUGCUGCCUGGAUCCUCGAUAAAUACGGGGAAAGAAGCAUGUGUAUGGGAGUUUCUGGGUUUUGCUCAGAUAAGGAGAGGCACGACCGUGCUCAUUCGUUGUGGUGGCGUGCCUCUGAACAGGGAAACGAACAUGCUGCAUUGCUUAUCGGAGAUGCAUAUUACUACGGCCGGGGUACAGAGAGGGAUUUCGUGCGUGCAGCAGAAGCGUACAUGUAUGCUAAAUCACAAUCAAACGCACAAGCAAUGUUCAACUUAGGUUACAUGCAUGAGCAUGGAGAAGGUCUUCCCUUUGAUCUCCAUCUUGCUAAACGUUACUACGAUCAGGCCCUCCAGAGCGAUGGUACUGCCAAAUUACCCGUCACGCUUGCUCUUGCGAGUUUAUGGGUUCGGAAAAACUAUGCUGAUACCGCCAUGGUGAAAGUACUGGAUUCCUUACCGGAAGUGUAUCCAAAGGUAGAGGAAUGGGUAGAGAAUGUGGUGUUGGAAGAAGGUAAUGCGACCAUACUGACUCUCUUCCUCUGUCUUAUGACCGUUCUAUAUCUCCGGGGGAGACAGCGUAGACAGGUGGUUUUGGAUCCCCUCGGUGCUGACGUGGCACAGCCUCUCGCUGAACCAUUAGCCUUUCACCAGUAA